ACAAAGGGAUGACUCAGCGAGUGUUAGCCCAUUUAGAGACGUUCGUUUCUUCUCAACCACUGCAAUAAUAUCCCGGCCGCUUCGGUUGUCAUCUUCCGGGUCGACAACAAGUUCGGCCGAGCUGCAUUUAGAAAAAAAGACAUCGGACCCCUGCAAAGGAGGAGUGCCGACUGCCCUGCUGACCUCCUGUUGCUGUGUGUGCGCGCACCAUGGCCAGCCUCCUACGCGUGAUUGCGGCUGGCUGCUCGGCCCCUGUCUUCAGCGGGGUGUCCUGUUUAAAACUGCACCGUGCCCCGGUUAUCAAAACAACAUGUGUACGAUUUUUCAGGACUCAUCACGCCCUCGGAAGAUGUGCCAGUCCAGGAAUUCCAUACAAACAACUCACAGUCGGCGUCCCAAAAGAAAUUUUCCAAAACGAGCGACGGGUGGCUUUGUCUCCCGCUGGUGUGCAGGCCCUUAUCAAACAGGGCUUUAAUGUCGUCGUGGAGGCCGGUGCAGGAGAGUCGUCAAAGUUCCAAGAUGAGCAUUACGCUCAGGUUGGAGCGACAAUUAAAGACCUGAAAGGUGUAUUUGCAUCUGAUGUUUUGGUCAAGGUCCGUGCUCCAGUUUUCAACCCCAACUUGGGCAUCCACGAGGUGGAGCUGAUGAAAGAUUCCGCGACUUUGAUCAGCUUCAUCUACCCAGCUCAAAACCCUGAGCUAAUGGACAUGCUGUCUCAGAAGAAAGCAACUGUUCUGGCUAUGGACCAGGUACCCCGAGUCACCAUCGCCCAGGGUUACGAUGCCCUCAGCUCCAUGGCAAACAUUGCCGGGUACAAGGCUGUUGUGCUGGCUGCGAACAAUUUUGGGCGUUUUUUCACAGGACAAAUCACUGCUGCUGGGAAAGUGCCACCUGCCAAGGUGCUAAUCAUUGGAGGCGGUGUGGCUGGAUUAGCAGCAGCAGGCAGCGCCAGAGCCAUGGGAGCCAUUGUUCGAGGCUUUGAUACCAGGGCGGAUGCGUUAGAUCAGUUCAAGUCUUUGGGUGCCGAGCCACUAGAGGUAGACUUCAAGGAGUCCGGAGAGGGUCAAGGAGGCUAUGCCAAAGUGAUGUCAAAAGAGUUCAUCGAGGCUGAGAUGAAGCUGUUUGCAAAACAGUGUCAGGAGGUAGACAUUGUUAUCAGCACUGCACUCAUUCCCGGUAAGCGGGCCCCCAUCCUUAUCACCAAAUCUAUGAUAGAGAGCAUGAAGGAUGGAUCGGUGGUGGUGGACCUGGCUGCUGAGGCCGGAGGAAAUAUAGAGACCACAGUGCCCGGGGAACUCUCUGUACACAAUGGUGUGACCCAUAUUGGCUACACAGAUCUGCCCAGCCGCUUGCCCACACAGUCCAGUACACUUUACUCUAACAACAUCACAAAGCUGAUCCGCGCCAUCAGUCCCGACAAGAACAACUUUUACCUUGAUGUCAAGGAUGUGUUCGACUUCGGGACCAUGGAUCACGUUGUCAGAGGCUCGGUUGUCAUGCAGAAUGGAAAUAUCAUCUUUCCGGCUCCUCAGCCCAACAACAUGCCCACCGCUGCUCCUCCGAAGCCCAAGUCUGUCAAGGAGCUGGAGGCCGAGAAGACUUCCCAUAUCUCUCCCUUCAGGGCAACACUCACUUCUGCUAGCGUGUACACUGGAGGCUUUGCCACACUGUUGGGUUUGGGUCUGGCGGCCCCUAAUGCCGCCUUCACGCAGAUGGUCACCACCUUCGGCCUGGCGGGCAUCGUGGGAUAUCACACCGUUUGGGGCGUCACCCCCGCACUCCACUCACCGCUCAUGUCCGUCACCAAUGCCAUCUCAGGUCUGACGGCCGUGGGCGGGCUGUCUCUAAUGGGAGGUGGUUACGCCCCAACAAGCUCCGCAGAGACGCUGGCUGUGCUCGCCGCCUUCAUCUCCUCAGUCAACAUUGCUGGUGGUUUCCUGGUGACUCAGAAGAUGUUGGACAUGUUUAAGCGUCCCACUGAUCCCCCGGAGCACAACUACCUUUAUUUGCUUCCGGCUGGUGUCUUUGUGGGUGGAUACGCUGCAGCACUGCAGUCGGGAUACAACAUUGAGCAGAUGAUGUACUUGGGCUCCGGAAUGUGCUGUGUCGGUGCCCUGGCUGGCCUCUCCAACCAGUCCACAGCUCGCCUGGGUAACGCCUUGGGUAUAAUGGGAGUCGCCGGGGGAAUUGCCGCCACUUUGGGGGCACUCAAGCCCAGUCCCGAGCUCCUGGCGCAGAUGAGCGCCGCCAUGGCUGUUGGCGGCACCGCUGGAUUGACCAUUGCUAAGAGGAUCCAGAUCACCGACCUGCCCCAGCUGGUAGCUGCCUUCCACAGCCUGGUGGGUUUGGCGGCCGUGCUGACCUGCGUGGCAGAAUACAUGGUGGAGUACCCUCACUUUGCCACAGACCCCGCAGCCAAUCUCACCAAGAUAGUGGCCUACCUGGGCACCUUCAUCGGCGGGAUCACUUUCAGCGGCUCUUUGGUGGCAUAUGGCAAACUGCAAGGUAUGCUGAACAGCGCCCCCCUGAUUCUCCCCGCCCGCCACGCCCUAAAUGCCUCUCUGAUGGCCGGCAGCAUUGGCGGGAUGAUCCCUUACAUGCUGGACCCCAGCUACGUCACUGGCAUCACCUGCCUCGGCUCAGUCUCUGCUCUGUCUGCCCUCAUGGGAGUAACCUUAACGGCAGCCAUCGGCGGUGCCGACAUGCCGGUGGUGAUCACCGUGCUGAACAGCUACUCUGGCUGGGCCUUGUGCGCCGAAGGCUUCCUGCUUAAUAACAACCUCCUCACCAUCGUCGGCGCCCUCAUCGGAUCAUCUGGUGCCAUUUUGUCAUACAUUAUGUGUGUGGCCAUGAACCGCUCGCUGGCGAACGUGAUCCUGGGGGGCUAUGGGACGUCUUCCACCGGUACUGGGAAGCCCAUGGAGAUCACAGGGACGCACACCGAGGUCAACGUGGAUCAGACUGUGGACAUGAUUAAAGAGGCCCAGAGCAUAAUCAUCACCCCAGGUUAUGGUCUUUGUGCUGCAAAGGCACAGUACCCCAUUGCCGAGUUGGUAAAGAGUCUCAAAGAUGCUGGCAAGAAUAUCCGGUUUGGUAUCCACCCCGUCGCCGGCCGGAUGCCCGGCCAGCUCAACGUUUUGCUGGCUGAAGCCGGCGUUCCUUACGACAUUGUCCUGGAGAUGGAAGAAAUCAAUGACGACUUCCCUGAGACUGACCUGGUUCUGGUGAUCGGUGCCAAUGACACGGUAAACUCCGCCGCCCAGGAAGACCCCAAUUCCAUCAUCGCAGGCAUGCCUGUCCUGGAGGUCUGGAAGGCCAAGCAGGUGGUGGUGAUGAAACGCUCGCUGGGCGUGGGCUACGCCGCCGUGGACAACCCCAUCUUCUACAAGCCCAACACAGCGAUGUUGCUGGGCGACGCCAAGAAGACGUGCGACGCCCUGCAGGCCAAAGUGCGCGAGGCUCACUGAGGCACGCCGGCGCACUCCGCUAACCCCUUUCGACCCCCGCAAAAACCCCACUCGCACAAAAAGGGAAAGACACUCAAAGUCCAGAAGCAUUACAUCAUCUUUGCGUGAGCCCCGUCAAUGACAACGCGACAAAUCCUCACAUUACGACAAAUGGCAGCGUUUAUUGUACACGAUAUUUGUGCGAUUACUUGUUCUCGUUUUUAUCGUUUAGAUGAAGAAAGUUUCUGCCAUUUACAUAAUGAAGAUCAUAUUAAUGUACAAGUGUGAGAAAUAGAUUACGUUAAAUGUGUGAAAUUACUCUUGUAGGGAACCGAUAUUGAAAGACUUUUUUUUUUUUUUUUUUAAGGAAUACUAGAGAAAUAUUUCACUAAACAGCACUAAUUCUUUUUUUCAAUUUUUUUUCAUUUUCAAAUUGCUUCUUAAGCAUAGUGCAUAAAUUAAUCUUCAUUACUAGUUCAUUACUACUUAAAUAAGCAAUACGAUCAAAACAGUUUUGUAGUCCUUUCUUUUAAAAAUUUUUACAACUGUAUUGAAACAUUUUUUGUAAAUGUUUAGAAGCCAUAAUCGCUGACUGAAAUAUGAAUUUGAGUGUCACAAUGGCCCUAAAAAUAACAAAUCUUUACUGUUCCCCAAAAAGAUGCAUCUAUGUAUUGGUUAUCUGAACACCAACCUACAAGCAGAAGAUAUAUUUGUACGCAGGGUAAAAUGUGGAGACUUGCAUUUUAUUGGACUGCGAUGAGAUCUUGGAUCCGAAUAUUUCACUGCACUUGUGUGGAUAAACUGUAUCUUUUGUUGACAAAUGUGUGAUCUGGCAUUUAUGUCCAUGUUACUGCCUCUUUCACAGCAACCUUGUGAAACGGGCCCCAUACAGUUCGCAUUCAUGACAUUGCACUCCUACGUUCGAGCGCAAUUUGUACCCUUUUUUGGCUGGAUCUACUCUGCAGGUUAAAAGGCCUAAUUGAAGAUUCAAUUCAAAUCUUGAAAUUUAAAUUAAAAUGUAGCUAAAUGUUAAUCAAGAAACGGUUGAUAAAGGUCCGAAGUAAAUUUAUUGAACUAAAGUUAAAUACAAGUUAACUGUGCUUGGGCAGUGAAUCUUUAGGGAGCAGCUGGACCAGUGGUUUUCAAACUUUUCUUGGCACGACAAAACUUUUUGGCCCGGGGGUGGGGGGUUGGCACUGAAAAUUUUGGAGCGUGUGACCCCCCCCCCCCCCAGUUUGAAAACAACUGCGCUAGAAGGGAGCGCCACACUUUGAGAAUCACUGGUCUAUGCAUUCCGAAGAUAUCCAAUUCAAUCCGUCUUCCUCCCCCCCCACCAUCCCACCUCCUGUGAGAAUUGCACCAAUUGUGUACAAAAAAAAAAAAAUUGGGUGUUUGGGGGGACCGUGCUGUGUAAAUCCAGCCUGAUAAACAUUUGUUCCAUCACCUGAGUCGAAACGUUUUGUAUAGUUGGUAGUGGGUUUUUUUUUUUUUUUUUUUUUUUUCUCUUCUCCGGGUUGAGGAACAACAAGAGGGAUAUGCUCCAUUUAAUGUCUUUUGUAAAUGUACUGUAAUAAGAUCUACUGAUGUAUUCUAAUGAGCCCCUGGGACCUUUUUGCUAUGUUGACCAACAUUUCUGUCUACCUCUCCACACACACAUUCACACACACACGUCCAAAAGCUUUUCCCAUAUGACCAGUCACACAUAAUUUGCGUAUUUUUUUUUUGGUAACCUGUCAUUGUCUUUUGCUUGUCGUCGAACUAUCUGACCUCAGUUUGCUGCCGUCUAGUCGGAGUUGCUUCUGUUGUAGCCAGCAAGGCUUGUUCUUACUUCCAUGCGAUUGCUUGCCAAUUUCCUCCUGCUGGCGGAACAAUUAGAUUGGCUCAAUAUUCGAAGGUUGUCACCCGAAAUUAAAAACAAAAAUGGAUCAUUUUACCGGGGCAAUUGGCAAUAUACACUCUGUCCCCUAACGCCUCCCUGACAAAUAUUUUUGUAAUGUAUAUGUGAAGCACAGCUGUUGGGAUUUGAAGUUUGGAUGCCCCAUGAAGGGAAUUGUUCUGUGAAUGUUCUUUUCCACUUUUUUCAUGGAGCAUCAUCCCUAAUAAAUGAAUAAACUUGUAUUUACAGUA